AUGCUCACAUGGCAACCACAAAAUCACAUGGGCGUCAAUUUUGCCAGCGAUGGCUACAUCUGGGCCGAUCCAGAACAAGCCUUUACCUUUGAAUCCCGCGGCUAUACCGUCGAGAUGUACCUUCACCGAAGCGGUUUCCACCCUCCUAAUGAGCCUGUGGCAACUCACUGCCGCAAGCGCUACCGCAUUACCGCGUCCAAAGUCCCAAAUGCUCCCCAGCCCGACCCCUCAUUGUGGAUUGUGCACUACACACGCGCAGCGCCUCCCGAUCAUACCGCUGCAAACCGAAUCUCAGUUACACCCGCAAUGCAGGCCAUGAUGGGUCAGCGCCGCUUCCUUCAGAGCCAAGGACAAUUAGCCCGUAAGGACUUUUUGCUUCACGAUCGCAAUAGUUGGCCAGUGAUCAACUUCCCGCAAAUGAACCCACAGAACUUCGGGCAACCCGGUGCUUAUCCACCUGCUGCGCCUCGUGGGCCUGGAUUCUACCCCUCUCAGGGCCAUCCAGGUGCAGUUGCGCCUAAUGCACCCGUGGCCAAAGCACCACGCGGACACCGUGCGCCUUCGGCUGCUAUCGCUUCUGCAACAGCUGAUUUUGCCAUUGAGGAUGAAGACGUCUCCAGUGGUGAUGCGAUGGAUCUUCUGACACCUCGCGAAGUUAGCAAAAUGCGAUACCAGCAGCAUCACGAGUGGAUGGAGGAAAUCUUCGCAUCAGCCUACAGUAUCUCACAGAUUACACCGGUUUCAUUGGGUCUGGGCAGAAAGGGAGAGCUCGAAUCGUUGACCGCGGGCUUCUUCGAUGCUCCUGUGGGAACCUCCGGCGGGGAAGGCCAGGAGGCAGGCGAUGCCCCACAAGCCACCAAGAUGGAGGCAGCCAAGGCAGAGGAGUUUGCCGAACGGGUUUCCAAGAAGGUGGCGAAUAUGACUGCUGAGAUCGAAAACCUGAAGAAACAACAUGCUCGCCGGAUGCAACGUUUCAACCGAAGCUCAUUGUUUAAGGAUGCCGAAUUGCGCCUCCGAGAGUCUGCCGCUGACCCGACCGAAAAGGGACCAGAGAUUUGGAGAUUGGAAGGCCGAGUUGUCAUCCCAACUGAGGACGAGACUCCACAGUUGGACUACAUUGAAGAUAAGGCCAAAUACAGAGUUGACGAGGUCGUCCGGGAAGUUGAGACUGCCUGGAAGAAGCAGAUUGUCGCCGAACCCAAGGUGUCCUGUGUUGAGAAAGGUGGUCUGUUGGAGAAAAUCGAGCCUGAGCACAAGGAUGAGCCUGACUCUUUCACUAAUGACAUAGUCAUGGACCAUGACGAUUCUCACCUCCUCAACCAGUUCGGUAGCCCGGGCGUUGGCGCCGGCGCAGGUGUUUCUGUCAAUGGGCAACCACUCCACGGUGCUGACAUCUCUGGUGAUGUGGACAUGGAUUUGGGAGACCAGCUUCAUGGCGGUGCCAAUGGCCAGGCCAACGACUGGGUCAUGGUCAACAAUGAGAGCAAAGACCACGGCCCGGUCGGUGGGGACUUUGACUUCACCAAUAUUGAUAGUGCCGGUGAUGCUUUGGCGGCUUAUAGCGAGCAGAAUGAUGGGCUCGACUUGCCAGACCUGGAGAACUCGGCUUUCGGCGACGCAUUCCAUGCAUCUGAUAACGAACACUCGCAUAACCCCGACGCGGAUGACAUUUCUUAG